AUGGCGGACCCCGUAAAAAACAUCAUCAUUAAGCUUGGAAGCAAGGUACACCCUCCGGCGGCAGCCCUCAAACACAUUCAGACACUUCUACAGUUGUCUAUGAAGAAGAAGCUCAAGCUUGAUCCUCUGCUUCGCGACGAGAUUCUGGUGACUGUUAUGACCAACUACCCGGAAUUUUAUGCUGAAUGGUCGGCAGAUGAUGUAACUGAACUUCUUGUGUUGGUCGCCAAAGCCAGUGAUGACGUCUCUCCAGUGUUUAUUCCAGAACCCUUCGAUGGAAAUCGGGUCGGGGCAUUCCUUCAAUUUUUUGCUCAACGUGCCCUACAAUCUGUUGAAGAAGCUCGACGACAAGAGGAGUCCCAAGCUCUGUAUCUUGAAGCUGCUCAGAGAGAAGCAACACACAGACAGGAGAUUCUUCGACAACGGGUAUAUGAUUCUGAAAGCCCUAUUGAAAUUUCUCCUGAUAGACCUGUUGAUUCUUCUAUUCCAUCGUCUGUGUCUGUUUUGCCUGAAAAUCAAUCUUCUUUGGGUUCUGAGAAGUCCCCUGUGAAUGUUGAUCCUUUAUCUUUGCCUGUGACUAAUUUUGCUGAAUCUUGUCUUGCUGUUGAUCCUCCUGCCUUACCUGCAAUUGUUAAAACUGUUGAUUUAUCAAGUCCCCACAAGUCUGAGAAAAUAGGUGGAGUUCCUAUUUACACUGCAACAUCUUUGGGAGAAAGCCUGGAACAUGUGCGACAUUUUGAUGGGUUACCAUCUGCUUCGAUCCCUCAACCUUAUCGAGUGAUACACCCUUCAGAAUCCUCCAGUGAAGAUGAUAAGAUUCUGGCUGAGGUGUAUGUAUCCCAAGCACCUUCUUCUGCUGCCCCUACUGUUGAGGGAACUGCUCAUCCCGAUUCCACGAAUUUCAGAAUUCGAGAGAUAUCAAAUAUUGUUGGGAGCUCAUCUGCAAAUGUCUCUGAUUCUAGCCACUCGGUGACUCCUGUUCAGCCCCCAUCCAGAGAAACAAGACGGACAAAAAGGAAGAAUGUUCCAACGAAGGUUGUUGUUGAUACCAGUGCUGAUAAUGUUGAUGUAUCAGCCUGUGAAGAAGAAAGUCGACUGAGACUGCUAAUCCUGAAGGAGACCCACCUAUCCACCAAGUUUUCAAGACUCUACGUUCCUCUGUUAAGCAACAAGGCACUACUGCUGCUCAAGCUUCUUCUGCACCAACCCCCUCUGUCAGAAAAGUUUGUAUCUCCUACUGCACAAACAAAAUGGGCCACUAUGGUCAGAAAAGAGCUGAUUGUUCAAAGAACUGUGGAUAAGAAUCAACUGAACUCCGUUUGCGACAUCCUGCCCUUGCUGAAUGAAGUUGGUCUUUUGAAAACUGUUACAGAUGUUUGCCCUUACUCCAAGCUGCUCACAUAUGAGUUCUAUUGCAAUCUCAGUGAUGAGAUUGACAGUCUCACAGGGCCACGACCGAUGCAAAUCUUCAUCAGAGGGAAGUGGUAUGAUUUUGGGCCAGCUGUGAUAAAUAAAUACUAUGGCUUACCUACAGUGCAAGAAGAAGCUAUUACUGAAUGGGAUGUGGUGGCCAAAACUCUUACUGGUGGACAUACUACAUCUUGGCCUACAGGAGAUAAGGACUAUUUGCUGAGUUCGCAUCUCACGUCUAGAUAUGUCAUCCUACAUCGCCUGGCUCUACACAACUGGCUUCCAUCAGCGCAUUUCAACACGAAGGUAAGACUACCGUUUUCAAAUCAGAUUUUUGGCAUCCUUACCUCUCAGGGUCUUAAGCCUAUGCCCAGCGAAGUGAUCAGUCCGACGCUGCUUUACACUGUUGAUAAACGUCUUCUUUCUGGAGAUCAUAUUAAUGAUGUCGUUCCUGUGACUGCCCCAUCCAAUUCGGAACCUGAUGCUGUGAAUGAUGAGUCUCCACAUGCUAAAGAUGAGAGGCUUUCCGAACAAUUGAAGGCGAGAGUUGCUGAUCUUGAGACGGUGCACGGUAUCAUUGCCAAGCAACUGACUGGUGCGCGCACUGAGCUAGCUACUGUUCUUCUCUGCAUGAGCCUGUCUGAUACUGCUGCUGCUGCUGAGGAUCCCGUGAAGUCUGACUGUGACUCUCCCUCAAAUGUUUAA